AUGAAAUUUGUGUUGGGACUAUUGGUGCAAAAUGGAGUUGUGCCGAGUGGUCUGGCACUGGAAAAAUUGCUGGUCAAGAAGGCACAAAAGAGUCAGUCUGGUGUCUUGGUCGUCACUGUGCUUACAAGUCCGUACCCUGCAGUGGGUGGCAAGAAACAACGUUUCAGUUGCCAGUGGAAUUGCUACUACUGUCCAAAUGAACCAGAUCAGCCGAGAAGCUACUUACACGAUGAACCGAGUGUGCUGCGUGCCAACAGGAACGACUUUGACCCGGUGUUGCAGUUUUGUGACCGGUGUGUAACGUUAGCGAUGAACGGUCAUCCAGUUGACAAGAUUGAGCUGUUGGUACUUGGAGGAACGUGGGCGUCGUAUCCUAUUGAGUAUCAGGAGAACUUUAUUCGUGAUCUAUUCUAUGCAGCAAAUACAUUUUUUGAAAGAGAGAAGCGGGAGCGACAUAGCUUGGACGAGGAGAAGCUUGAGAAUGAAUCUGCGGCAGUGAAGAUCAUUGGUAUUACAUUGGAAACGCGGCCAGAUUGUAUUACCCCCGAAGAACUGCGUCGAUUCCGUCGUUAUGGAUGCACGCGUGUGCAAUUAGGCAUCCAGCACACUGAUGACACUAUCUUGAAGAAGAUAAAUCGUGGCUGCACUACUGCUGACGCAGUGCAUGCGCUUAAGCUGCUGCGUGACUGCUGCUAUAAGACUGAUAUCCAUCUAAUGCCGAAUUUACCUGGAAGUAGUCCUGAGAAGGACCGAGCCAUGUUUAACUACGUGCUGCAGUCGCCGGACUUGCAGGCGGACCAGUGGAAGAUCUAUCCGUGCGAGAUAACGCCUUGGACCGUGAUUAAGAAGUGGUACGACGAAGGCAGCUUUGUGCCCUACGCUGAUGAUAAGCUGAUAGAUUUACUGAUGGAUGUGAAAGCCGAGGUGCACCCGUGGAUUCGUCUCAACCGUGUGAUUCGCGAUAUUCCGAGCCAGUACAUUCUAGGCGGGAUGGAUGAGCCCAAUUUGCGUCAGAUGAUCUGCAGCAAGAUGAUUGCUCGGGGUACACCAUGCAAGUGCAUUCGGUGCCGCGAGGUAAAGACUGACGAUGCUGCUAUUGCCUCUGCGGAGUGCGUCGUUCGAGAGUACGAGGCCAACGAAGGUAAUGAGUACUUUAUCAGCUUUGAAACACCGGAUCGCUCGAAGAUUUGUGGAUUUGCACGGUUGCGUCUCUCAGAGACUGCAGGCGGUGGUGUCUUUCCGGAACUCGAAGGUGCUGCAUUGAUUCGGGAGCUGCACGUGUACGGACAACUUGUGGCUGCAAUUAGCAAGUCAAAGAAAGACGCGGUCAGCAGUUUUACGAACGAUGGAGCAGCGCAGCACACGGGAUUGGGUACGCAACUUAUGAUGAAAGCGGAAUCGAUUGCUCUUGCCCACGGAUAUAAGAAGGUGGCUGUGAUUGCAGGCGUCGGUGUUCGUAACUUUUACCGUCGGCUGGGUUUUGAAGUGGAAGGUGAAGGCGAGCUGAUGAUCAAGCACUUGGAUAAAUUACCAGCGUGUAAUAUUUGGUCGAAGAUGAGGUCGUGUAUCAUUGAAAAGCUAGGACAGGAUGUAUCGACCUCCCAUUCAAGUCUGAUUGCAAUUGCUGGUGUUUUCGCCCUAUUUGCAGUGUCUGCAGCAAUCGCACAGAGAAGUGAAAUUUGUUUGAGAUCACUGUAUCCUGAGUAG